AUGGAAACAGUAACUGGUUUGAUGCGGCCAUUAUUGAUUAAAGGGCACCAUCUCUAUAUGGAUAACUUUUACAACUCAGUUACCCUUACAGAGAAGUUGCGAGAAGUGGGGGUGUACACGUGUGGAACAAUUAGACUCGUACGUGGCGCCCCAAAAGACCUGCAACAUAUAGCGAAGACUAAGAUUGAUGUGGAUACCACAGUCUACCGCCGCAAGGACAACACCUUCAUUCUGCUGUGGAAAGACAAGCGAGUUGUCUCUAUGAUUACCAACCUCCACAAUGCAGACAUAAAUAGAGUUCAAAAACGCAAACGAGUUCGUAGGCCAGAUGGAACAACAAGAUUACAGCAG